CAUCAAGUCUCCUCUUGGUUUGAAAGCACUGAUUCUUUGGUGGAGUUUGAAUCUUCUGCUGAUAAUUGACCGACACGAUGAAUUUUUACUUGGUACUCGUUUUGGCCAUCAGUGCAGCAUGCAAUGCUCUUCCUGCACCCAAAGCCGAGCCACUGCCUGAAGCUGCAGCAAACGCUGAAGCUCUCCCAGACGCAUAUGCUGAAGCUUUAGCAGAAGCUAUUGCUUAUCCUGCAGCGUCCCCUGAAGCAUUUGCUGAGGCCUAUCCUGAGGCGUACGCUGACGCUGAUCCUGAACCGUAUGCUGAUGCCCACCCUGAAGCCGGCGCUGAAGCUUCUCCUGAAGCAAAUGCUGAAGCCUCCCCUGAACCCCUUGCCGAAGCAGAUGCCGACGCAGAAGCUGCCCGUCGUAAUUAUUUCGGCACGUACGCUCACGCCCACGGGUACGGGCACGGCCAAAACAAAUAUCGGACGUACUCGAGCUGCAAAAACCGCGGCUAAAUUGAAAUUCCAGGAGCUAGGGAACGAUACAUGGUACCCACAUGGCUCGCUGCUAGAGGGUGAAGAACGUUGGAUUUGAAUCCUCAGCUUCUGUUUUGUUUCUUUGCUGACUCAUCUAUGGAUAACCGUUUCGUUUCAUUUUAAAGUAAUCGAAAAUCGAUCAUUUCUGAAUUUAUGCGAGUAUGCAAAUGUCGACUGCAAACAACUAGAGGCAUUUGCGUUAUACCUGAAGGGAGUUACAGGAAAUAUGCUUAUUUUACAGGUCAUUCUUAAUCCAUGUUUUGCACCGAAUAAUAUCGAAAUUCGUUGUAUUAAUCCAUAAUAUAUGCACAAAAAACA